CAAGGAGGAGGGCAUGGCAACCCACUCCAGUAUUCUUGCCAGGAAAAUCCCAUGGACACAGUCGGACACAAAUGAAGCAACUGAGCAUGCACGCACUCAGCAGGGACUGUAGUCGACUGUCUCCCUCUGAGGGUCAUGAAAUUGGGGAGGCAGUCUAGAAGGGGCGUAACCAGGGAAUCCUGCCUAGAGGCUGCUCACUGAAGCUCAUUGAUGAACUGGGGAACUGAACAAUUUCAGGCGUCCCUGAUGAAAAGGGCUGGAAGGAGGCAUGGUGAACCUUGUGUGUUUAUCUCUUUAAAAAGUUACAAAGAGUACACGUAUAUCUUCUCGUUGGAAAGGAAACCUAUAUUCAAACAGGGAAGUAUCCGGACAGAGUCAAGCUCCCCCUUCAUCCCUAUCUGCCACCCUCUUCGGAGUCCUUUCCCUUCAAAAGUGUACUUUUACAUAACAUCUGCGCCCACCGACCUUAAUUGCGUGGUUUUUCUUUUCACCAAGAAUUGCGAUAUGUGAAGAUUUCUGCUCCCCACCCCUCCCUUCUUUUCCCUUUAGCUUUCCACCACGGUACUGUACCUAUUAAAAUGCAUUUCUGAAAACCGCUGAAUGCACACUCAGGCGUCGGGGCUGGAAGGAGGAUGUGUUUCAAGUUACUCCCUUCUGCUCGCGGGGUCUAGCGCAUGCGCUCUGCGGUAGGGCCCUGCUCCCCGCGGGCGCCCUGCAACUGGGAAGGCCAGGCCCGCCUGGGGUGCUAGGCUGACAAACCAUCCCACAGGAGGAGGCGUGAGCGGGGCGGGGCCGGAACGUCUUUAUCCCGGGCCGCUCCCUGGGCGGGCACAGAUCCCAGCCACACAGACCAUGGCUGCAGCGGCUUUGAGGCAGAUUUGGAUCCCCAGAUUUCUCCCUGUUCCUUGGUUUCUGUGUGGUCCCAGAAGAUAUGCCUCAUCCAGUUUCAAGGCUGCUGACCUGCAGCUGGAAGUGACACAGGAGCCUCAUAAGAAGCCUGACCCCAGCCAGCCCCUGCUGUUCGGGAAGACAUUCACCGACCACAUGCUGAUGGUGGAAUGGAGCCAGGAGAAGGGCUGGGGCCAGCCCCGAAUCCAGCCCUUCCAGAACCUCACGCUGCACCCAGCCUGCUCCGCUCUGCACUACUCCCUUCAGCUCUUUGAAGGCAUGAAGGCGUUCAAAGGCGGGGACCAGCGCGUGCGCCUCUUCCGACCUUGGCUCAACAUGGAACGGAUGCUGCGCUCGGCCCUCCGCCUCUGCCUGCCGAGUUUCGACAAAAUUGAGUUGCUGGAGUGCAUCCGCCGGCUGGUGGAAGUGGACCAGGACUGGGUCCCUGGCAGCGUGGGCACUAGCCUCUACGUGCGGCCCGUGUUGAUCGGGAACGAGCCCUCGCUAGGUGUCGGCCAUCCUACUCGAGCCCUCCUGUUCGUCAUUCUCAGCCCGGUGGGCGCCUACUUCCCUGGAGAUGCCUUGAAACCUGUCUCCCUCCUGGCAGAUCCAUCAUUCAUCCGGGCCUGGGUGGGUGGGGUCGGCGACUACAAGCUGGGAGGGAAUUACGGGCCCACCGUGUUAGUGCAGCAGGAGGCACAAAAGAAGGGCUGCGAGCAGGUCCUCUGGCUGUAUGGGCCUGAUCACGAGCUCACGGAGGUGGGCACCAUGAACAUCUUCGUCUUCUGGACCUAUGAGGACGGGGCGCUGGAACUGGUGACCCCCCCGCUGGACGGCAUCAUCCUACCUGGAGUAGUCCGACAGAGUCUGCUGGACCUGGCCCGGACCUGGGGUGAAUUCCGAGUGACAGAGCGUAAGAUCACCAUGAAGGAGUUCCUGCGGGCGCUGGAGGACGGCCGGGUCCGAGAAGUCUUCGGUUCAGGCACCGCUUGCCAGGUCUGCCCCGUGCACCAAAUCCUGUACCAAGGCAAGCAUUUCCACAUUCCCACCAUGGAAAACGGGCCACAGCUUAUCCUCCGCUUCCACAAGGAACUGAAGGCGAUCCAGUACGGAUCAAAAGCCCAUGAAUGGAUGCUCCCGGUGUAAUGCUCUGGGCUUCGCCGGACCACUCCACGGACCACCGCCGUGUAGCAUCCAGCCCCUGUUGGACCAUCACCUCCGUACCAAUGACUCACCUGAAGUGCAAUAUGAAGUAAGAGACGGGGGAGCCAGGACGCCUGGAUCUCCGGUGCCCCCAUGUUACACUCCCAAAGCCAUAAGGGCCUGACCCAGGCGUCUUGGCCCCUAGCCCCGCCACUCAGGCCUUGGGGACCCGUACUCCCCGCUGCUCCGUGUUGUGGGUCAGGUAUAUACUUUGACCCCAAAUCAGCAUCUCCGUUUUCAGGCCGGAUCUCCCGGUGCUGCAGUUUUUUGUUUUCUGUUUUUUUGUUUUUUCCCUAGCUGCGAUUUUGAAAUAAAAUGCCAAAGAACAAGACAUUAAGUUUCAUCUUCAAUGAAGCAAUUCAGCGGCUCUAGCGUCUUAACCAGGAACCCACAUGUUCAACCCAUUUCAUUUUCAAGGGCCCAGCAAUCCAAACCCUCCAAGUCCUGGUGGUUUCUCAGAUGGGGAGAUUUUUCCACUUGUCACAAAUUGAGCUUAGCAUCUUCCCUCACUAAGAUGGGACCCACCUCCCCAUCUUGCAGGACAGCCCCACUGUACACUCCAGUCACUCUGCCAGACCCCUCUGCUCUGUACUCCCCACAAAGCCUCUGAGUCCCCAGCCCUGUCCUCUUUUCCCAGACUCUGUUUUCUUGGCUUCAGCUCAGAUCUUGUCUCUUGCCUGGCUUCCAAUUUGACCUGGAAAGGGUCUUUCUAUACUCAGAGCUGCCCUUAACUGGCUACAGAUCUGAAUUCUGGAUUCUAACUUUCUUCUGUUACCUGAUCAGUGUAUAACCUGGGGUAUGCUGCCUGAGCUCUGAUCCUGGGGAGACCCUGUGGGACUAUUGGGUAGACUCUGAUUGUGGCCUGUCCAGCAGCCAUCAGCUUUGGUACCAGGAUUCUGAUCUAUUGAGACAGCAGGCAACCAUUGCCGCACCCCUCCUCAUUCUCUUUUUCAAUGGUUGUUCAAGGGAAGGUCAUGGGCCAAGGGGAUACAAGAGGAAAUUUGCCUGGAGGCCUCUGGGAAAGUUGUCCUUCCUAAAUUAAUCAUUCCAGAAGGGC